GCCCACUUUAAAUAAGUCGUCAUCCUGGUCUAUGUGUCUUUCUUUUCGUGUCCUUCUGUCUUCCUGCCUUUAGACUACAACUCGCUCCUACUUUCAAAUUUUAAACUGGCUAGUCUACGAUCAAGAUACAAGCCCUCGACUGCCUCUCCCAGUUCUACUCCUUUUAGCGCUCAGACCUCUUUCCCAUCAACUCCCUCGUCCUCAGACCCACCACCAGUUCCCAUCAUGUCCACUGGUAGGGACAGGACACUUGAAUUUGCUAAUAUCGUCAAAUCUUUUCAGCCAAUUAAUGGUGUGCAUAAGAGACUCUCAUCUCCACCCACUCAUGGUAAAAGGUCUGCUUUUCAUGCAGCCGCCAAAGAGAUUGGCCGAGAAUUAAAUAGAACUGUUGCCAAAUUAGAGAAACUAACAGAACUUGCUAGGGGGAGGAGCUUGUUCGGUGACCCCGCCCUAGAGAUACAAGACUUGACCCAAUCAAUCAAACAGGAUCUCUCGAAACUUAAUUCCGACAUUGCAGCAUUACAGCAAUUGUCACAGACAGUUAAUUCAAGAGAAAGCAAGCACGUUAAAUCACACUCUAGUGCUGUUGUAGUCUCCCUACAGACAAGAUUAGCUGACACUUCCCAAAACUUUAAAAGUGUGCUAGAGAUGAGGACUGAGAAUCUAAAGGUACAGAAACAGAGACGUGAGCAGUUCUCAUCUCCACUCACCUCAUCACUAAACAAUGACUCACCACUCAAUCCUGCAAUGACAAAUGGAUCUUUAUUAUUGGGUACUGAUGAUAGAGGAAGAGGGGAAGAUGUUAGCAUUGACAUGGGAUCAGCUACUCAAAUGCAACUCCUACAAGAACAAGAUACUUACAUUCAAGAGAGAGCUGAUGCUAUGGCUAACAUACACUCAACCAUUGUGGAGCUAGGACAGAUAUUCAGACAACUGGCCACAAUGGUAAAGGAGCAAGAGGAACAAGUUGUGAGGAUUGAUACCAAUGUGUCUGAGGCUGAGAUAAACAUUGAAGCUGGUUAUGGUGAACUAUUAAAGUAUUUUCGUGGUGUCACCUCAAACCGCUGGCUGAUGGUGAAGAUCUUUGCUGUGAUCAUAGUCUUUUUUAUUAUAUUUGUCGUCUUCCUAACCUAACAAUAAUUCUCAUAAUAAUAAUAAUAAUGAUAAUAAAUUAUUAAUAAUAACAAUAUCAAUAUUGUGCAGUUAAUUUAGUGAUGUAUAAGGGCAGCGUUGAUAUUGUUCUGCAAA